UUCAGAGACCAUCAUGCAGACAUCAGAGACCGGGUCGGACACAGGUUCGACAGUGACUUUACAAACCUCUGUGGCUAGUCAAGCAGCAGUGCCUACGCAGGUGGUGCAGCAGGUACCAGUACAACAGCAGGCCACAACUUCAAUACUGGGCCAUUUCUGCUGUCCCAUGUUUGCCAUACUCCUGCUAAUAGAGCAUCACAACCAAAGAGAAACCACAAUAAAUAAUCUGAAGUAUAAUGAUGGGAAAGUUAUUUUGGUGAAGGUAAUCAAUAAUGAUUUUUUACAAAUUGUCUAGAGUAUGUUAAAUCCAAAACAGAAUAUUCUAUUGGGUCAAAGUGUGAGCAAUGGUAUCUUAAAUGGGUUGGUUUGCUAGUUUGGAGAGCUAAGCCUAACGUAGUGCACUCCAUCAUUCUUGUCUUUAUCUUUUCUUUCUCUUCAGGGUCAAGAGAUUUGCUUUCUGCAAACCAUGGCUUUGAUUGGCAUGAAUAGAAUUCUUUUCAUUUGAGACCAUUAUCUCAUAUAAUCAACUGAAACAAAGACAUUUUUUCUCUGGUUUGCUCUUAUUUGGGACUUGAUUCUCAUUGGCUUGAUUCCCGGAGAGGACAGUAUUCUCAUAAUCAAGAUUAUGGCAGACAUUUGAAAAGAUAAAGUUACAUUAUAAAGUGAAUUCCAGUUGAAUGUCUUUAAAAAUAAAAACAAUGAUUUUAGCUCUUAAAGAGAAUAUUUAUUUUUAGGAGAACUGCUAACUUUUAGUAUCCAAUAUAAAAACAUAAAAUGUUUCAAAGGACCAUGACAAUUUGUAAAUGAAAUAAAUCUUUCUGUGCUAUUCAAUAUAAAGGUCCUUUAGUUGACCAUUUCUACUGAGGGAAUAUUUGUAAAAAUAAGAGCUCUGACAUUUGAAUAGUUCAGUAGUAUUAUUUGAUUUUUAUGUAUAGUGAUGUUUAAAAAUAUUUUCUCAUCUGGAGUUAGAUCACUGUGAUCAGUUCUGUAUCUCAUAUUUUAUUAGAAACAUGUCAAGUACUAAGUUAAAUGUGGAAUUUCAAAGGAAAUAUAACAUGGUACCUGAUUAUAGGGAGCCAUCUUUUGAAUCCCUUUUAAAUAGAUGAAGUGGAUUAGGGUAUCUCUGGAAGAGAAAAACAUGGAAGAGUUCAGAGGAAAUGAGACAAUCUGUAUUGACUGGUGGGAGGCAACCUAGGAAGUUAGGGAUAUGAAAAAUGUUGCACAGGAACCUCUUAGGGGAAGUGCAGUCAGAUGGCUAAUUUAUGAUACCUUAACAUGUGUCUACCCCCUGAUGUUUCUGUUUCUUUUCUUUAUGGUUGACUUAUUUUUUUAGGUAUUCCUCCAUUGUAGUUUUCCUGAAGAGACAUUUAUCUACCAUAUCUUCCCCUUUUGUUGGACUAAUUCCUAUUCCUAAUAAAAAUAGAUACUGUCCAAUAAAUACUGACAAGCCAUAUAACUUUGGAGAAGCCAAAUCCAACAAUAUUCUUUUAGACUCUUCCUGGAUUUUUCUUUGACACUAGAUACUAUUGACUGUCAUACCUCUCUUCUUCCAUGGUUUAUGGGCUUCCCUUUUUAGGAAUUUUGAGUGCUACUUUUUCAAGAAAAUAUAUUUGGGUGAGAUGAAGAGAAUAUACUUUAUAGUUGAAAAGCAUGAGUGAAAGUCCUGACUCAAGCUCUGUCUAGUUUGAUGACUGUGGGAGAAUUAUUAACUUUUUUCAGGCUUAAUUUCCUUAUCUGUAAAGUAGGGCUAAUAAUAAAUAGGUCAUAUAUAGCUAAAAAGCCAAAUGAUGUAUUAAUUAAUUAAUUUAUAUAGUAAAUGAUUAUAAUAAACCUUUAAUAAAUUUAUUUAUCUAUUUUUCUACUGUCACAGUCAUCCUUCAGUGUUCGUGGGGCAUUUAUUCUAAAAUCCCAAAGAUACCAACAUCUGCAGAUACUGAAGUCCUUUGAUGAAAAUGGUACAGCAGGUACAGACUGUGCAGCAGGUACAACAUGUUUAUCCAGCUCAGGUGCAGUAUGUGGAAGGAAGUGAUACUGUCUAUACCAAUGGAGCAAUCCGAACAACAACUUACCCUUACACAGAAACCCAGAUGUACAGCCAGAACACUGGAGGGAAUUACUUUGACACUCAAGGGAGUUCCGCACAGGUGACUACCGUGGUCUCGUCCCACAGCAUGGUGGGCACUGGUGGGAUUCAGAUGGGCGUCACAGGAGGACAACUCAUCAGCAGCUCCGGAGGAACCUAUCUGAUUGGCAAUUCUAUGGAGAAUUCUGGUCACUCAGUGACACACACAACGCGGGCCUCCCCAGCGACAAUUGAAAUGGCGAUUGAGACGCUGCAAAAGUCUGACGGUCUGUCUACUCACAGAAGUUCUCUUCUCAACAGCCAUCUCCAGUGGCUGCUGGACAAUUAUGAGACAGCAGAAGGAGUAAGCCUUCCCAGAAGCACUCUGUACAACCACUACCUUCGACACUGUCAGGAACACAAACUGGACCCAGUCAAUGCUGCCUCUUUUGGAAAACUUAUAAGGUCAAUUUUUAUGGGGCUACGAACCAGAAGAUUGGGCACUAGAGGAAACUCCAAGUACCAUUACUAUGGGAUUCGUGUCAAGCCAGAUUCCCCUCUUAAUCGUCUGCAAGAAGAUAUGCAGUAUAUGGCUAUGAGACAACAACCCAUGCAACAGAAACAAAGGUACAAGCCUAUGCAGAAAGUGGAUGGGGUUGCAGAUGGUUUCACAGGAAGUGGUCAACAGACAGGCACAUCUGUUGAGCAAACUGUAAUUGCCCAAAGUCAACAUCAUCAGCAGUUUUUAGAUGCAUCUCGAGCCCUUCCAGAGUUUGGAGAAGUUGAAAUCUCUUCCCUGCCAGAUGGUACUACCUUUGAGGAUAUCAAGUCACUGCAGAGUCUUUAUCGAGAGCACUGUGAGGCAAUAUUGGACGUUGUUGUGAAUCUCCAGUUUAGCCUGAUAGAAAAAUUGUGGCAAACAUUCUGGCGCUAUUCUCCCACGACUCCAGCUGACGGCACUACCAUUACUGAACCAAGCAAUCUGAGUGAAAUAGAAAGUCGACUUCCGAAAGCAAAGCUGAUAACUCUGUGCAAACAUGAGUCUAUCCUGAAAUGGAUGUGUAACUGUGACCAUGGGAUGUACCAGGCUUUGGUGGAGAUUCUCAUCCCCGACGUCCUUAGACCUAUUCCUAGUGCCUUGACCCAAGCCAUUCGAAAUUUUGCAAAAAGCCUUGAAGGUUGGCUUUCCAAUGCCAUGAACAAUAUUCCACAGAGAAUGAUACAAACCAAGGUUGCCGCUGUAAGUGCCUUUGCCCAGACUCUGCGAAGAUACACGUCUCUCAAUCACCUGGCCCAGGCAGCUCGCGCAGUGCUUCAGAACACUUCCCAAAUCAACCAGAUGCUCAACGACCUCAACCGUGUGGACUUCGCCAACGUCCAGGAGCAGGCUUCCUGGGUGUGUCAGUGUGAUGACAACAUGGUUCAAAGACUAGAAACAGACUUCAAGAUGACGCUACAGCAGCAGAGCACUCUGGAGCAGUGGGCCGCGUGGCUUGACAAUGUGAUGAUGCAAGCCCUGAAACCCUACGAAGGAAGGCCCAGUUUCCCAAAAGCCGCCCGGCAAUUUCUGCUAAAAUGGUCUUUCUACAGCUCAAUGGUUAUUCGGGACUUAACCUUACGCAGUGCUGCUAGCUUUGGCUCCUUCCACCUGAUCCGUCUACUCUACGAUGAGUAUAUGUUCUACCUGGUGGAGCACCGUGUUGCUCAGGCAACGGGAGAGACACCCAUAGCAGUCAUGGGUGAGUUUGGUGAUUUAAAUGCUGUGUCUCCUGGAAAUCUGGAUAAAGAUGAAGGCAGUGAAGUAGAAAGUGAAAUGGAUGAAGAACUGGAUGAUUCUUCAGAGCCUCAAGCCAAAAGAGAGAAGACAGAGCUGAGCCAGGCCUUCCCCGUGGGUUGCAUGCAGCCUGUUCUCGAGAGCGGCGUGCAGCCCAGCCUCCUGAACCCCAUCCACAGCGAGCACAUUGUCACAAGUACGCAGACUAUCAGACAGUGCAGCGCCACAGGAAACACCUACACUGCCGUCUAAGGAAGACGCCAGCGCAUUUCUCCAUCUUACACUAGCCCUCUUGAUACUGGGCUUACGUGGAAAAUUCAAGAAGCCUGAAGGUCGACUGUUGUCAGAUUCUAUCUGUGCUGAACAUUACCUUCUAUGGAGUUGUGAAAUGGAAUGGGUGUAUGUAUUUUGCCAGGUCUUUUUUUUUUUUAACGUAAACAAAUUAUUUGUCUCUUAAUAAUAAGAGUCUUUUUCCCCCCUCCUUAGUUUCAGGUGUCGAGAAGGAUUUUUACAACACUUAAUGUCAAUGUUUUUUGUUUUCUUAUAAUUAAAAAGUAAUUUACAUUUUUGUAGCUGAAAAUAUUUUAUUGUUGAUUGUUAGUCUUGGUGUAUGAUUUUAUGUGUAAGUUUUAAAUUAGAUGCACUUCUGUGAAAUAUCAAAAGAAUGAAUUUCUUUGAUUGACACUGGAGGCAUGCCCAUUUGGCAGCAGAUGCAUCAGAUUUGCUUUUGAAAGGUGCUUGUCGUUGGACAGAACCGUAAGACACUAUUUUGAUAACUUUUUGGAGUAUGGAAAAAGAAUACAGAGCAUUUUUAUAAUAGUGCUAGAGGGUUGGAAAGGUCAUUUAUUUUUCUCUGAAGAAAAAUUGAGCUGUGCGUUUAGCAGUUCAGAGUAAAUGACAGAAUUGCAAGAGAUUAUGCUAAUAUGUACAUAAUUUGUGUACAUAAUUAUUAAACCAUGUUAACAAUGCAAGCUUCCGUUAGACAUUGAAUUUUAACCAUUAUUUGCAUACCAAUUCCUCUGUUUAAAGACUACUGAUUCUGUAUUUGGGACCACUGCACAGAUGCAUUCUGCUGUUAAGUGGGGCAGUUAGUUAGAUACUGAAGCUGAAAAAAAUGACUUGACUUUUUUUUUUUUUAAGUGUACAUGCUACUUAUGCUGAGCUGGACAUACAGGAAACCAUUCCAUUUGGAUGACUUUCUUUUAUUCCAGGUCAUUUUUCCUAAUAGUAGUUCAAUAUGCUGCUAUUAUAAAAGAAAAUUUAUAGAAUGCAAGGAAUGUAGCAACCUGCAUAUCGUUAUUUCCUUCAAAAAUAUUUCCUGGUUUCUAAAGUACAUGGAUUUAAAUUUUAACCAGAACCUGAAGGCAGUGUAACUGGCACACCUCACUGUUACUGAUUCCCAAUUCUGUAGGAUUUGGAUAGGUGGCUGGAUGGACCAUUGCCAUUGAAGAAUGUACAUCAGGGAUCAUCGUACCUCGGCUAUUACAUGGUGCCUUAAAACAGAACUGAAGCUAAGGUUUAGUAAGGUUUAUUUUGUUCAUGUGAGUAACUCUUCAAUCCAUUUGACAAAGUGUGCCUGUCAUUUUCAGAUUCCUGAAGUUAGGACGGGUUACAUGUUCUUCAAAGGAAAUUUAGGGAAAACAAAAAGACAAAAAUCAGUUUCCCUCUUUGAGUGACCAUGAGCCUAUUUUUUAUUCUUAGAGCUGAUUAUUACUUGAUUACAAAUCACAUUGCUUAAGGGUGUGAAAUAGCAGGCUAGUUUUAAUACCAACUUGUUACAUAAAUUCAUCUAUGUUUUAGACCAUUCUUAUCUAGGUACAGUUCUAGAAAGCUAACAAGAUGAGCAGGUACUUAUCGAAGUGCAUCUUUUCAGUCUAGGCGUUUUUGUCUGUGUGUCUAGGUGUCCACAUGCACACCUGGGAGCCGGUCGGGCAGGAAUCUGCACCACAGUCAUGUCAGAUCCUGGAGAGGGUGCACCCACCCCUUUUAAUUUUCAUGAGAAGCCAAGGUUCUUCCAAGCACUCACAUUAUUAACGGCAACGACAGCAAAGGCACAUCCAUUCAUUGAAAUUGUUGUAAAACUCAAAGCAGCAAAAAUAAAGCCAAAAAGACAAAAGGAAAGCACAAAAUGAUUUACAGAUUAUUGAUGAGGCCUAUAGUAAAUUCAAGAUGUUUAUCUUUCCAGUUGUGUGGGGUGGGGUGGGGUGGGGUUCGGGGGUGGGGUUGGGGAUUAGAAAGAAGAUGAGCCAAUCGGUGAAGUGAAAAAUACCAAAUGGCUUAUCUGUUACUUGAUUGCCUGAGACCACUCAAAUAAAGAUCCACAAAGUUUUUAAUGUAAAAUGUAAAUGUUUUAGAUGUAACUUUUAAGUGGAUUCGAAUUUUGUAUUAUACAACUGACUCAUGUAUUUGCAAUCUUCAUUGGCAUCCUAGUAUCACCUAUACCUAAAUGUCAUUUAAAUUAACAUCCGCCUUUCCCCUCCCAAAAAGGUGACCAAUAAGUGUGUGCCAUCACACACACACACACACACACACAACAUAGUCAGUUGAAAAAGGCCAUGCAUCUACUUAAUUGUGCAUUAGGAAAUGUUUACAGGUGAAAUUGAAAUCAAAAAAAUCUAGACACAGUCUUCAUGUUGCCUCUCCUUUCUGAUUUUUUCCAGUUUCUUAUCUCUGCCUGCCGUCCCCAGAACUAAAUGAUAUUUGUCUUGGACCAAAUGUACUUACUGGUUUCAUCUCGUUUAUUGAAUGACCGUACAUGUGUCUGUUAUCAUUGCCUCCUUUAAUUUCGUGUUGGAUGUGUAUCAUCUAGGAGUCUGGUAAUGACAGGCAAAUGUAGACUCACGAGAGUUAGGGAUUGGGGACCCUCCAGGAUUCAGCAUUUCUUCCAGUUGUUCAUGGUUUAUUCUGAAUUAGGCCAGAUUAGGGAUUAACAUAUUAUUAUGUUUAAACCUGACUUAACAAUAAUAUUGAUGAAUACUUAGGACUAUUAAUUCUUUGUGACAAGUCUAGAUGGUUUUGACCAAUACACAAAGAAGACCUUUGGUUUACGCUACUUCCACUUAUUUGUAGUCCACAGUCAGACAUGCUCACACAUACACCCAUUCAAGCAUACACAGAUAUUUUCACCAAUUUUGAAUUUUAAUUGUGAAAUAUAUUAGAAAAUAUAGUAAUUUAUACAUUCGAGUGAAUUGGAGCAGUCCUGUGUAUUGUACUUACUGAACAUUCUAGUUCCAAUUUUUUCAUUUAUUCAAAUUUACUUUUUACAUAGUACUAGACACUAAUACCCUCAGGGUAGGUUUAUUGACACAUGAUACAAGUACAUAUUUUAAGGACUUCUUGAUCAUUCUUGACAUGAUAGUCAAAUACGAGUCAUGAAGUGUAUCUGUGUAAACCAAGUGCUACACUUUCUGUGAGGAAGAAUGGAAGGAAAGAAGGUAUCUAAGCUAUUUUAAGUUUCUGAAAACUCUUUCCGUCUGAUAGGAUUGAGCAUCAUGGAUAUAGUUUGAUCCUUGACAUAUACUUUGAGAAUCAUGCCCAAAAUAUUUGCAUUUGUGAAACCAGUGAACAAUAGGGUGGAAUGGGUGAACCAUCUUCUUGGAACACAGGGCUCAAUUUUCAAUUUUUUCUUUGGCUAUCAAGUUGCUGGUCACUUUUUUUCCAGGAUUUUCAUCCAAACUAGGUUUGGACUGACUGUAUAAGUCUUACUGCCUUUUCAGAAAUCUGCUUUUCUUUCUGUGCUUUUUCUUGUACUGUAUAGCACGGUUCAUGCACCUCUCUUUAGGUGGUGUACUUUAAAACGUAAACUUUAGAAAAUGAUUUUAACACUGCAUACCUAAAAUUAGUAGUGUGCAACAUUGACUGCCUUUGAUUUGUAGUAGAUGAGUAAAACUGAACACGUUCUUGUAGAAUGCUGUCACAGUCAUUCAGGAAUGAAUGCGGUUUGGGUACCGUGAUCAUGAACCUUUUUACGUGACGCACUGUCUACAAGUGCUAAAUGCAUUUUCAGAUUUUUAAAAAGUCUUCAGAUGAUAUAUUUGAGAUGUCUAAAAUGAUACUGUGCUUGAAACAUUAGUGUAAGAGAAUAAAAAGGUGUGUCACUGUGAUGUUGGUCCUCCCUGUGUGGACACAAGUAGAAGGUAAAAACCUGGGCGAGUCUCCUUCAUGUACAAUUUGAGGCAGUGGUUAUAUACACAAAUUUACCUUGGUUGUAACCUCUCCCCCCGCCCCAAAAUCUUGGUGAGAAAAUCGCAACCUCCCAAAAAUUGAAAUCCGAGCGUUUGUGAUCUGUAUGAAUCAUGCCGGAACAUGGAGGGGUGGGAUGCAGGGUGCUGGCAUGCAGUGCUGUUGACAGUUGGGCUUGUAGCAAAAUCAGAGCAACCUCCAUGUCCAUGGUUAGUACAAGUCAAUGAAUGGAAUCCUAGUAUUUCUGCAACUUUGGUGAUUGAAAAAAAAAAAAAAAACUGGAAUAGAAGCAUUAAUUCAGUGCUUAGUUCUAGUAUUAGAAAACCCCUUUGAUGUAAUGCCUUGUAUUAACCCUUUGAGCAUUGUAAGAUAUACAAUGGGGGACAAAAGCCUUUAAGAUCAUUUAUUUAGACUUAGACCGGUAAAAUAUACUCUAUAUCCAAAUGUCUAAUAAUGCUGGUUUUUUUUUAAGGGUGGGGGGGCGGGUACGAAGAGAAAGUGUUUCCGUGCUGAACACUUGCAUUUUAUAUACAACACUUAAUUUUUCUUCAAGAGGGCUUGAUAUAUUUAUUCCCAAAUACUCACUGCCAUCUAAGUAAGUGUACUGUUUACAGAAAAGAAGAAAUCAGCUUUUCUAGCUUUCCCAUCCUGACUCUAGAAAAGGAGGACAGACACAUGGGCGUGUGUGCACCUGUGUCCUAACUGAUGUCUGUACAUUGAAGGUACCUAGAUUGCCUUUACAAGGUAUGAUAAAGAAAGGGUUAUGUUUCUCUUUUUUUUUUCCCAAAACAAAACAGAAGAUUUCAUUUAUUUAGCUUUAGAAAGUACAAGUGUAAGUGAAGCCUUAGGAAGAAAUGAGUUCAAGUGGAUAAAGGGGAGCUGAACUCUUAGGGGGCAGUUAGGCUAUUUGGAGUUCGAUCGCUCAUAAAAUAUUGUUUGGGAAUUUCAUACAGGGCAUAAUUUUACCUAUGCUCCAGACUUUAAUACUUUGUCAGAAAAAUUUAUAUAUAGAUAGAAUGGAGAGCAAAGCACUUGAUUUUCUGCUCAUGUGUCAGAAGAUGCUGUGACUACUGCUUCUGCUAUCUCUCAGUGUCAGUCUGCUUACACCAUUGCUGGUGUGGGUCAAGGGAAGCCCAUCCUGCACGCGGUCGCCUUUGUCCCCUGCGCGAUGGACCGUGAGAGCAGUGUUGUCUGCAGAUGUGCUUGCGCUGCCCUAGCUGGGGGCUGGUAAGAGUGUAAUCUACCCCGAUGUCUGCUGAAAGGACAUCCGUAGCAUAGUGCAAGUAUACCGUAAACGUUGCUUUGUAGGCAGUUUAGGAAGUCAAACCAUGCAAAUUACUCAUGUGUUAACAUGCAAUACUCAAAGGGUUUUAAUUUAACUCUCUUCUUUUGAAUUUUUCAUGAUGAUUUACUGUAAAUGCUUCUCAGUUUGCAUGCCUUGAUCAUUGCUGCUAGUGAUUUUAUGUGCCAGUAGACCUGAGUUUAGUUUACCAAUUUUACUUAAAUAGUAAAAGCCACUUACAAAGUGACUGCCUAGGAUUGAUUUUUCCCCCUUUGUUUGAAGUAACUAGUAAUAUGUCUUUUUAAACAAUGUAUUUUGUCUCUUCUUUUAUUUGGUUCUGGUAUUGGAUUCUUUUUACCCCUCCUCUUUUCUUUGCUUUUAAGAUAAAUUAUGAUGUUGGGAUUGGAAGCCCUGAGUAAUGAAAUCUUUGGUAAGAAUUGUGUAUGUAGUUCAAUAAAGAAGACAACAAAUCUGUGUUAGAAUUUUGAUUCUGGGAAGGAAAAACAAUUAGACUCCCAUUGACUGUUCAUAACUAAGUAAAAUUUUCCUUCAAUAAAUUAGUAUUUGUGAUCAAACGAUUGCCUUAUUUUGACCUGCUAAACAUAAUUUUCAAUGAUCCAAUAAAGGAGGUAUUGAAUUUAAUAGUUUAAAAAGCAUCUUUUGUACCAAAGCAAAUUUUUUUCUCUACUCAUCUCCAUCAUCGAUUUGGACCUAUGGUGGUGACCAAUGCGUUGGUUACAGAAACUUUAAGUGAGUGCCUUGAGAAAACUUGGAGAUUUGUGCCUGAGGUGGUAAACUUUUAAUUAGGUUAAUUGUAGUGCUUACCAAUCAGUAAUUCUACUAUCACUCAGGGCUUUCGUACCUUCUAGGUAAAACUUCUUUCAUUGUGUUUUUUUAAGAUACUGUAUUUUUUUUUAAGUGCCAUCAUUUAAAUUUCACUUAGUAAGUGGCAGAUUACAUUAUUCAGUCCCACAAGCACACAAACAUAGUAACACUAGGAGAUAUUUGAACAUUUAUUUUACAAUCGACUGAAUAUAUUAUGUAAAUGAGGUAAGCAACUUUUGUAGAGAUUGUAUGUGUGAGAUAAUGUAAUGUUCUUUUCCAGUUUUUGGACUACAGUUGAAUAAACUUUUUAAUUAUUUAAAAACAUCUUUACCGAAUAACAUGUGAUGGUUUUUUGUAUAAUGUAUUUGAUUUUGUAAAUACGUAUUUCCUGAUGUGAUUUUUGUGAGAAAUGCUAAAUCUUUUAGUAUAUCAUGUCCUCUCAAAAUUGGCAGGAGCUAAAUAAUAGUUUGUGGGCGAUUUGUAUUGUGUACUGUACAAUAACUGGGGAACUUUUAUAAUGAUAAAAAUAUAUAUUAACUUUUAGUGUGUUGUUUAAACAAAUGACUGGAACAUACUAAAGAUAUUAGUAGGAUUUUUCUGAAUAUUUCAGACUUGAACUCAGGCUAGCUUUCUUGUGUUUUUCAAAACAAAAUGGUGUCUUGUCUUUUAAAAUCAAUAAAUUUGUUUCCUUGUUACAAAUACA